AUGGCACAUUGCCAAGAAGCACAGAAGAUUCAACCUGGAAAAAAAGCUAAGAUCAAAAACGUCAAAUCGACAAAACCUAAGGCCGCUGCUGCACGUGUCGCGUCGGCCCAGUCCCUCCUCACUCAGGUGGUGAGAAAAGGGAGGUUUCAAAGGGUCGGGGAGACGAUCACUGUGCGGACAGGGGACACUCUGGAGCUGAGGUGCAGAGGGAAACCUGUGCAGUGGACCGUCCCAUCUUACCUGGAGGAGGACCACGAGGGGAGACUCAAAACUGUUGAGCAUGAGAAGUAUGGAGUCCUGACCCUCGUCAACACCACAGGCGCAGACACAGGAGAGUUCACCUGUUUUCCACUGUUUUGUGAAGACACGGACUGCAGAAGAGAGUACAGCAAAGCAGCCAAAGUCUUUGUCUUCUUCCCAGAUCCCCAGGAGCUGUUUGUUCCCUCCUCUGAUUAUUAUGAAGUGGUUCAGCUCAGGACCAACUGGCCCACAGUGCUGCCCUGUCAGGUGACGUCACCUGAGGCCAAGGUAACACUGCACCGAGAGUACCCCCCAUCAGAAGUGCCAGUGGACGGGUCAGAGAUCUCAUUCGACGUCAAAAAAGGGUUCACAAUUCACCGCCCCAGGCCUCAUCACGCUGGAGAAGUUUAUUGUGUGGCCAGUCUGGGAAACUUGAGGCAAAGCUCCAUCAAAUACAUGCUCAUCUACGUCAACUACCCAAGGGCCGUGCCUGCUCCUGUGAUCCAGGCCUCAUCCAGCUCCUUGACUGCGGGGGACAAUCUGAGAGUUACCUGCUCCGUAAUGGGAGAACAGGACGUGGCCAUUGACAUCACAUGGGAUUACCCAGGGCAGCAGAUUGGGAGGCCUCAAUACACGCAGGACAGCGUGACUCCUGCAGGGGCAAACACGCAGCAGUCCCAGUCCGUUCUCCUGGUGGAUGAAGUGAGAGACGUGGACCAGGGCACUUACACCUGCACCGCGCACAACCUGCAAGGGUCCAAAUCUGCGUCAACCACUGUCAAAGUCACACCCAAAGCUUCUCCCAAACCCAAGGCAAAGAAACCGUAG